UAUCAUCAUAAGAGUUUGCUUCUUCUCCUAGGGGACAUUCCUGACCUUCGUCCACCGUGGUAGUCAAGUCGAGAUGCCAGUGCUUUGCUGGGCGGGCUUUUUCGUGAUCCGAUGAUGAUUCAAUGCAAGGCUCAGUAUCUUCAAUCUCAUCUUCAUCAAGCAGGCUAUGGCUAUGGCUAUGUGCGAUGCCGUCAAGCUCGGAAUCCUCUUCAACGUUGCUUGCAACCUCACCGUCACAUCGUGUGCGUGACAAGUGCCAAGAUGAGAACGAUGGCUCCAGAGCGGACAAGUCUCGGGCUGGUGACGACGCAGGUGUGGUCAACGGUGUAUCGUUCUGGCUACAUUCCGGCUCUGUCCACGCAUCACUUCGCGUCGGCGAAAGUGGACUGUCCUAUUCCGUCCUCGCAUUUCCGGCUGGAGUGAUGGCGACAAGGUCGGGCACUUCCAGCCUGAGCCGUCUUUCGGUCAUGAUUCCGCGAAACGGCCGACGUUGGUGUUGUCGCUUGCAGACUGUCGAACGAGAUCCUUGCCUGAAGCCAAGUGUUCUAUCGACUAGAGCUUCCACGCGCACGACACCUCGGAGGUAGCUCUGCUACCAUCCAGUCACGGCCUGCGAGGUAGGAGUUGAGGCGGCAGUCAUAACAAUAAUUGUGUAUACCUAUCAGUUAGCCAUCAUGAUUGUAUGCUGACCGAACAGCAAGGUUGGAGGUUGUAGACGAGGUCAAGCAAUUCGAAAAAUACGAGAUGGGACGAGAUGAGCUCGCUGGGCGUCACGCAGCUUCGCUUUUCGCCGUUCCGUUUCUCAUCGCGGUUGCCUG